GGAAUGACUAAGUUGAAUGAAACCUCAGGGAGCCAGGUGACUGAAUUUAUUCUCAUGGGCAUCACAAACCAUCCUGAGCUGCAGCAUCCCCUCUUUGUUUUGUUUUUGCUCAACUACAUGGCAACAGCUCUUGGGAACCUGGGCCUGAUCAUUCUAACUGGUGUGGAUUCCCACCUCCAAACCCCCAUGUACUUUUUUCUUAGGCAUCUGGCAUUUGUUGAUCUUGGCUAUUCCACAGCUAUUGGGCCAAAAAUGCUGAAUAGUUUCAUAGAGGACAAAAAUAUCAUUCCCUAUAAUGAAUGUGCAGUACAGCUAUUUUUCUUUGGGAUAUUUAUUGCCAGUGAACUUUUUAUCCUGUCAGCCAUGGCCUAUGACCGCUAUGUGGCUAUCUGUAAGCCCCUCUUCUAUAUGAUCAUCAUGUCAGACAGGGUAUGUUGGAUCUUGGUGGCUAUCUCAUACCUCUAUUGCAUCAUGGUGUGUCUAGUCAUCACAACGGAAACUUUUAAAUCAUCUUUCUGUGAAUCAAAUAUAAUAAGACAUUUCUACUGUGACAGCCUCCCUCUAUUAUCCAUUGCAUGCUCAGACACAAGUGAGACUGAACUAAUCAUUAUGACCUUCUCUGCAUUUAAUUUGGUUUCUUCCCUCUUGAUUAUUCUUGUCUCCUAUGUGCUUAUUCUUAUGACCAUCCUCAGGAUGAACUCUGCUGAGGGGAGGCACAAAGCCUUCUCCACCUGUGGCUCUCACCUCACAGUGGUGGUGGUGUUCUAUGGGACGCUUCUCUUCAUGUACCUGCAACCCCAAUCCAGCCAUUCCUUUGACACAGACAAGAUGGCCUCUGUCUUUUAUACUCUAGUUAUCCCCAUGAUCAACCCCAUGAUCUACAGCUUGAGGAACAAAGAAGUGAAAGGUGCUUUGAAAAGACUUUUUAAAAAUUGGUGUAAGCAUUCUUUUUAA